ACAGCACUUCCAAAUAUCUACAUCAGACUCAAUCGACGAUUCAAUGGGGGUAAUCCUGGUGGUUCAUCUCGCAUUCCUGAGUUGAAAUGCAGUCCAAUCUCUUUUGGUACCGUCUUUGGAAAUCCCUUUCUCUUCAAUGGUGAUUUGAGCGAAGCUGGUGUUGGUGGUGGAUUUGAGAGCUCUAGGAUCUUCUUUUUGGUCCCCUUUUUGUUGUUUCAAAGAGGUGGAAUGGAUUUGUCUAAGGUUGAAGAAAAAAUUUUGAGCUCUGUUCGUUCCGCUAGAUCGCUUGGUCUCUUGCCUUCUACCUCUGAUCGCCCUGAGGUUCCAGCUCGAGCUGCAGCUGUUGCACGUGUUCUUCCUGGACUGCCUCCUCAUCAACAAUUUAGUCUUCCAUCAAGUUCUGAAGAACUGCGCUCAAUAUAUGGGUGCAGAUCGAAUGGUCAAGUAGUGGAGGAACUUGAAGAGGGCUUCUAUGAAGAGGUUUCUACCUGUAUGGGUUUAAGUGCGUACCUAUUUGGUGCAAGGCACGAGGACAUAAAGGUGACUUUUAGCAAUAUAGCUGCCCUAAGUGAGAGUAAGGGUACCAUUGCUGGCAGUCAUCGAAUAGAAAUGUGUCAUCAUUUGCAAUUUCAGGACAUGCUUCCUAUAUUAUUUGACGUUCAUCAUGCACUGGACAUUCAAGCAGUUCUUGAAUCCUUAGUUGAAGAAGAGAAUUAUUGCAAGGCAUUCCAAGUCCUAUCUGAAUAUUUACAGCUAUUAGAUGGUUUUUCAGAGCUUUCAGCCAUACAGGAGAUGACCCGAGGUGUUGAGGUUUGGUCGGGAAGAACCCUUCAAAAGCUGGAUUCACUUUUGUUAGGAGUGUGCCAGGAGUUCAAGGAGGAGAGUUAUAUAAAUGUGGUUGAUGCUUAUGCAUUAAUUGGAGAUAUCUCUGGUCUUGCUGAAAGGAUACAGAGCUUCUUCAUGCAGGAAGUUCUAUCAGAAACUCACUCUGUGUUGAAGAAUAUUGUGCAAGAGGACCAAGAAGUAGAACUGCAGAAUAGCAGACUUACCUGCAGUGAUCUAUGCCUUCAAAUACCUGAUUCUAAGUUCAGGCAGUGUUUGUUGAGAACACUAGCUGUCUUAUUCAGGUUGAUGUGUUCCUAUCGUGAGAUCAUGAUCUUUCAGCUGGAGAACAAGGUUUUGGCAUCCCAGCAAAUUGAUUCACUUACAGGAAUUUCUUCUGAUCCUCAAGAAAUUAAUGGCUCUAUCUCUAAAUCAGCGGAUGACAUGCUGACUGAGGAAUCUAUUACCACUGUGUCUAAGGAGGACCAUGAGGGAGCUACAAAUUCCAUUUAUUCAGAUUCCCAUUAUCAAGUUGAUUAGGCGAGGAGUGACAGCACUUGAGCAUCAAGUAGUGGAUCCCCUUGGUAUCAGCUGCGCAAAGGUGCUACUGCUUUUGUUUCACAAACGCUUCAGAGAGGACGGAAGAAUCUUUGGCAGCUUACAACAAGUCAAGUAUCAGUAUUGCUUUCUUCUUCUGCAGUUGGUUCAAUGAGCAUUCACCAAUUCUUGAAAAAUUAUGAAGAUCUUAAUGUUUUCAUCUUGGCUGGUGAUACUUUCUGUGGAGUUGAGGCAGUUGAGUUUAGGCAGAAGUUGAAGGUUGUCUGUGAGAAUUAUUUUGUAGCAUUUCAUCGGCAAAAUAUUUAUGCACUUAAAAUGGUUUUGGAAAAGGAAAAUUGGCUGAAAUUACCAUCAGAUACAAUACAAGCAAUCAGUUUUGCUGGCCUUGUUGGGGAUGGGGCGCCCUUUAUCGUUUCAUCCGGUAGUAACUCCACUAAUACUAGAUUGCAUCAUUCUGAUAAAUCAUUGAAUCUGGUAGAUCCUACUUCUAAGAAGAAUGGUUUUGCAAGUUGGCUUGGAAGGGGAAACCCAUUUUUGCUAAAACUAAUGCACACUUCCAGAGAAGCGCAUAGUUUGUCCCUACCUAAUGGGGCAAUUUCAGGUGAAUAUGAUGGACAUACUAAUGAUGGUUAUCCUGCUGAUUUUAUGUCCCCCAAAAGUAUUGAUGCCAAUCAUUCAAGUGGAACUCCUGUUUCGGAAGAUGAGAAUGAAGAUCUACUUGCGGACUUUAUUGAUGAGGACAGUCAACUCCCAAGUCGAAUUUCAAAGCCAAAUCAUUCAAGAAGGAACUCUGCACUUUGGAAAAAUAAUGAGAAAACUGCGCAGACAGGAUCAUCUAUUUGUCUUUUGAGGUCAAUGGAUAAAUAUGCAAGGCUCAUGCAGAAACUAGAAAUAGUGAAUGUUGAGUUUUUUAAGGGGAUAUGCCAGUUGUUUGAGGUUUUUUUCUACUUUAUAUUUGAAACAUUUGGUCAUCCAAACUCGCACUCAAAUGGGAAAGGUUUUUCUGAGUCUGUCAAUUAUCGUCUGAAGAUAGCCUUAUCCAGAGUAUCACAAGAUUGUGACCAGUGGAUAAAAUCCCAGUCAACAUUAUUCUCAUCUUCGCCCACUUCUUUAAGUACUUUUAUGCAUGCAGAUUUAACACCUACUAGUCCUCAGAAUCAUUCACCAGCUACUUCUUUUGGUCUAAAGGAAAGAUGUGCAGCUGCUGAUAAUAUAUCUCUUGUUGCUCGAAUAUUGUACAGAUCCAAAACCCAUCUUCAGUCGAUGCUUCUUCAAAACAAUCCAGCCAUUGUGGAGGAUUUCUAUGCACACUUGGUGGAUUCUGUACCAGAUCUUAAAGAGCAUAUACAUAGGACAACUGCAAGACUACUUUUACAUAUUAAUGGGUAUGUUGACCGGAUUGCUAAUGCCAAAUGCGAAGUAAAAGAGCUUGGACUAGAGCAUAAUGGGUAUGUUGAUUUGUUGUUAGGGGAAUUUAAGCAUUAUAAAACGGGCCUUGCUCAUGGGGGAAUCUCCAAUCAACUCCAAGACCUCCUCCUAGAAUAUGGUCUCGAAAUAGUGGCUGAAACUCUCAUUGAAGGUCUAUCACGGGUGAAGAAGUGUACUGAUGAAGGCCGAGCCCUCAUGUCAUUGGAUCUUCAGGUUUUGAUCAAUGGCCUGCAACAUUUUGUCUCCACAAAUGUGAAGCCAAAGUUACAAUUAGUUGAAGCUUUCAUCAAGGCAUACUACCUUCCAGAAACUGAGUAUGUGCACUGGGCGAGUUCUCACCCAGAAUACACUAAAACUCUUGGGUUGAUUAACCUUGUUGCUACCAAGAAAGGUUGGAAGAGGAAAACCAGGUUGGAAAUCAAAGAAAAGAUUGAGGGAACUGAUAUAUAAGCUUUGGGUGUCCAUGUAAGGUUUCAGGUACAUAAAAAUCUUGCAGUGCUUUUCCUCCCUUUUUUUUUUUUUUGAGUGAUAUUUAUUUGGAUAGAAUAUUCAUCUCCCUUAAUUAUGUAGGCUGUAUAUCUUGUACUAUGAUAUGGUUUUCCCUAUGUGGGAAUAUCAAAUGUAAUUUUGGAUCACAUCUUUUGUGAAAUAAUGAGUUUAUAGGAAAGUUUCAAUUCCAAGUUCAAAGGCAAUAAAAUAUUAAAAUGUAUAUCAAGUGCAGUCUUCUAUAACAGGAAUAAUGUCAAGUGUAAAAUUAAUGUAUGAUUACGUUUCUGCCAAACUCUUUUGUUGGUUUUAUUUUA